AAAACACACACACACAUCCAAGGCGAUUCACACUGUUUCAUCAACAAGAGCUGAAUGAGCAAACAUGAACACACAUGAAAAAGUGGGUUAUUUGUGACUGUCAACCACAUUCUCAGUUCACUCAGUUGCUCUGGCCUGUAGAGUCUACAUACAUGCAUGACCUACUUGGUUUUGUCCUGCUUUGGGAAUUAUCACUAAAAGUGAUGGCUGGAACAGUUUCUCAGUUUCCUCCAUUAGUUAAUGUGGGUUUGGGCGAAACAGUGACCAUGCACUGCCAGUUGAAUGGGGUGCAGUCAUUUUGUCACACAGUGGCCUGGCUCAGAGUUGACCCAGUGACUGGAAUGACAAACAUUCUACAGGACUCAAACAUCCCUUUUCAGAGUAACGAUCAGGUUCAGAGUUCAGUAUGUAAGGCUUCUGUCUACAAUGCAACACAACAGGACUCUGGGACAUAUUACUGCAUUGCUACAGACCGUGAGCAUAUGUACUUAGGCAAUGGCACCAUUGUCAUAAUAAAAGAUGUUAGCACAGUGUUGAUGACAUCUAUUGAAAUGAUGGCCUUUGCCAACAACAAUGGCCAUGACUCCACCGUGACUCUUCAGUGUGCGAUUGGGGGAUUUGCUCCAUCACAGGUCUAUGUGUACUGGCUCAUAGGCAGUAAAAAGGAAAAUGGACAAAUUGGGAGUUUUGGUGAGAAAAACAAAGAGAACUUCACAGUGAAUUCUUUGAAUCAUGUUUCAGUAUCAGUUGAGGAGUGGAAGACAGCAGGAAACUGCACAUGUGUAGUGAAGUCUGGCAGAUGGAUAUUCAUACAAACUCUGCAUUAUUAUGAUCUUCUGGACCCUUGUUACACUCUCAUCAGUACACCAAGAAUUGCAGCACUGAUUGCAGUUUUAUUCUUUCUCAUUAUCAUAUUGAUAAUAACUGAAUGCUAUUAAAUAUUUUUUUAUUUUACACCCGUAAACAUGUUUUUAAGCUAAAUAUGUCUUUAUUUGGGAGCAGGCCAGGGGAAGAUGUAAUAAAGCAAUAACAUAAAUCAUUAUUUUCAUAUUUGACACACAGAAACAGGAACCUUUGGUUGUUAUGUGAGAGAAAAAUGAAAGUGAAAGGAGAAAAAGAAAAAAUCCACAGUAAGUAUACUCAAUGUAAUAAAUGACAUACGGCUACACAUGUAAUAAUGCCUGGCAUAUGCUAAUUAGUGAAUCAAAACUAAUUUUCAUUGACAUUCUGACAAUUACUACAGUAGUAACUACAAGUGUGUGUGUUUUUCGUUUCACCAAAACCUAGGGUUUGGCAAAAUUUCCUCUGACCAUAUAAUAACGACAUUCCAAAGUAACAGAACCAUAUAUUAUACCACAUCAAAUCUAAACUAAAUGUGUACAAGUACAGUCAAAUCCAUUCACUUGAGAUUUCCUAAUUAAUUCAACUUCAUUCCAUGCCCAUAUGAAUUAAAACUUCAUUCCGUUUCAACACAGCAAGGUAAACAAAGUAUUGUUGUACAUUAUAGGGGGUAGUUGUGGCCUAAUGGUUAGAGAGUCGGACUCAUGACCAGAAGGUUGCGGGUUCGAUUCCCAGGGCCGGCGGGUAACAACUGAGGUGCCCUUGAGCAAGGCACCUUACCCCUACUCGCUCCCCGGGCGCUGCAGUGAUAGCUGCCCACUGCUCCGGGGGUACGUGUGUUCACCACUUGCUGUGCGUGUGUUCACUACUCUCUGGAUGGGUCACAUUUCGUUGCCUUGUACUUGUAUAUGUGCAAUGACAAUAAAUUGAAUCUAAUCUAUACAAUAAAUACAAUAAAAA